GACUGCACCACGCCGCGCCCAAGACUGACGUAAGGGGGCGAGGCGUGCGUCGCCGCGGCCCGCUGCUGGUAGAUGAAAGCCUCCAUGGAGCGCUAUGCCAGCGCACUGGAGGAGUCUCCGGAUGGCACCCGGCAGCAAGAGCGGCACUACCAGCUGCUGUCGGCGCUGCAGAGCCUGGUGAAAGAACUUCCCAGUUCUUUCCAGCAGCGCCUGUCUUACACCACACUCAGUGACCUGGCGCUGGCGCUUCUCGACGGCACUGUGUUCGAGAUCGUGCAAGGACUGCUGGAGAUCCAGCACCUCACCGAGAAGAGCCUGUACAACCAGCGCCUGCGGCUGCAGAACGAGCACAGAGUGCUCAGGCAGGCGCUGCGGCAGAAGCACCUGGAGGCCCAGCAGGCCUGCCGGCCCCACAACCUGCCUGUGCUCCAGGCCGCUCAGCAGCGUGAGCUGGAGGUAGGGGCCGGGGGUGAGAUGGCUGGACCUGGCUCCUCCUAUGGGUACCACCUGGCUCUGCCGAGGGGCCUCAAGAUGGCUCAAGAACCUGUGACUAGCCAGGCAGUGGAGCAUCGGAUCCGGGAGGAACAGCAGGCGAUGGACCGGAAGAUUGUCCUGGAGCUGGACCGGAAAGUGGCUGACCAGCAGAGCACACUCGAGAAGGCAGGGGUAGCUGGCUUCUAUGUGACCACCAACCCACAGGAGCUGACACUACAGAUGAACCUGCUGGAACUCAUCCGGAAGCUGCAGCAGAGAGGCUGCCAGUCUGGGAAGGCAGCCCUGUGACCAGGUAGGGUCCCUGCUGGCCACCUCUGCCAAGUGUGAUUAGGAAAUGCAGCCGCGUCCACUGUUACCAGAAAGCGGGACAGAAUUUCUCUUCCUGAUGUUUGGCCACUGACUCAGCUGCCACCAGACAUUGUCCUUCUGCAGAGAGGCCUGGUGACCCUGACUCUGUCACCCACCUCUGUCUGGAUUUUUUGGUCCAAGCACUGAGAUAAUGUCAUAAAAAGAAGAGGGGCCCAGCCUGUGCACUGUCUGCCCCAGGGUCAGGUGCAAAUGGGGCUACUGGUUCUAGCACCUUCCCACUAGGUGGGCACAUCCCAACCUCUCUAUAGGUCCCUGGCUUUGUGCUUACUUUUGUUUUGGCCCCUCCUUGGCAGCUGCAGCCCCCAAGUAGAAGGGGCUCUGAGGCCCAGGCCCUGUGUGACUCAAAGAAAUAAAAAUACCUACACAUA